AUGACAAGUCUAUUGUUUGCUUUUAGUUUAUUUUUGUCGUUUUCUGUUGGGUCGAUUUUCCCAUUCUCAAUAUCAAAUGGACCAGCAGUGAAUGAUACGUUACAAAAUGCCAUCCGAUCACAACGUGAUGUAUCUAAACCAAUUCCAAUUGAUCGAGUUGGGUUUUCUGGAGUAUCUUUGAGUUUAUUCUUCGAAUCUGAAGGGUAUAGCAGUGAUUCAUUAUCUAAUUUGAAUGGAUUAUUAAAAGAAAAUGUAGAUGGGGUGAUGAUUGACUUAUAUUGGAAUGAAUUCACUUCCAAAUGGCAACUAUGUCCAGCUCCUUUUCCAAAUAAUAUAACAUAUACUACUGCUAGUAAUCGAAUUGUUGAUGUGCUGUGGAAUAACAAAACAUAUAAAUGUGACCCUAAUCUAUCUACUGAUAAUAUCAUGUCCAUUCUUAAUAGCUUCAUUCGUGAUACCAACACCGAUGUUGAAGCCAAUUUCAUGCAUGUCAUGUAUAAUUUAAAGUCGAUUCAUUAUGAAAAAUCAAAUCAAACAAUUAGUUUGGAAAACAUCUACAAAGAAAAGAAUUCGAAUCUCAAUGUUGUUGGAAUGGACACUUUGAAUGAUACAGUAAGUUUAUUGAGUUCAUAUAUCUUCACACCUACACUUCUAAAACAAUAUCAAAGCACAUCAAAUAAAUAUACCAAUUCAAGUUCAAGUAUUCGUUACAUUGAUAGUCUUAAUGAAACACAAGCUAUACAAGACUUUUAUAGUCAAUCAACCAUUCUUAUGCCUUCUUUACAAACCGUUUUAUUAACUCAAUACAAGAGAUUAAUGGUUCAUGUCGUAACCAAUGACAUGGCAGAAUCUAGUCGAUCUUAUCAAAUCAGUUCUAGUGAUAAAGAUACAAUAUUUUUCAACAGUGAUCUCCCUGCUCUGAUUUUCCACACAGAUAAUGCCCUGGCAGAUGAAUUAUGUUAUGAAUUAUCUGAUGCAUAUAAUGGGACCGAUGUAAAUAUUGCGGAAUUUAAUAAAGUACUGUUAAAUGCAACACUAAGACUUGUUGUCGAUGAUGAUAAAACUCCAUUCACAACAAAGAGUUUAUCGAAAUAUGUGAGAUGUGGAUAUUGCCCCAUAUUCAAUAGCACCGAAUAUUCAUCGCAGAAAGUAACAGAAGGUAAUAGUCUGAUUAUCAGUCGAGAAUUUGCAUCUAAUCUUUUUUGGUCUUGGGCCCCAGGGCAACCUUCUGGUCCCGAUAACUGUAUAAAUUGCACACGUCCAACGACCAACAAUACCUCGAAACAUAGCGACGACAACGGAGAGGAGGAAGAAGAAGGUAAUAAUAUUGCAUAUAAAUGUGUUGCAUUGACAGAAGAAGGUUGGGAAGUGUCCAAUUGUUAUGAAAAAUAUUUAUUUGCAUGUCAAAAUAAAUUAUCUAGAAAUGAAUGGAAAUUAAACAACUCCACCAAGAGAAAUUAUUUUGAUAUUGAUGAUGAUGAUUGUCCUGAAGGAUAUUUUUUCAGUUUACCUCGACUGAAUAUUGAAAUGCUUUCAUUGAUGACUACUGUUAAACAAGAAAAUGUCAAUUAUCCAAUUUGGAUUGAUUUGAAUGAUAUUACGGUGGAGAAUUGUUUUGUUUCCGGUGGACCUUAUGCUCAAUGUCCUUAUCAGGAAACUGUGACUACAGAUAAAUUUGUCCGUAUGAUUGCUCCUAGUUUUGUUGUGGCAAUGGUGGUUUUGGUUUUAAUAUUUAUUGAAAAAGUGUUUCGUAAAACACCAAUCCAAACCAAUAGGAAACGAUAUUGGAAAAAGGCAAUACACGAAUAUUAUGCUAAGAAUGAUUAUGAAGGUGUACCCUCCUAA